AUGAAGGUUAAGGCAGUUGUUGUUGGUGCUGGUCCAGCUGGCAUAGCCGUAGUAGGCAACUUACUUGAGCAGCAGAAGUUUCCUAUCCUAUGGAUUGAUGACCAGUUCGACGGCGGACGAUUGAACAAGUUCUAUAGGGAGGUUCCAAGCAACACCAAAGUCGGGCUGUUCGUAGGCUAUGCCAAUGGCGUCUCCUCCUUUCGCAGUAUUGCAAGGGAGAUCCCAGAGCCGAAUGCCAUCAGCCUUAUGAAAAGUCUACCACAGGACAAGACAUGUCAGAUUGCCAGAGCGGCGGACAUGUGUGUGAUGCUCACUCAAGGUCUUGAUCAAUCCAAAGGUGUCUCCAAGGAACUCGGUAUGGUCACUGAGGCAUCGUGGUCAAAGCACGACAAGUGGAAUGUCACUAUCAACUCGGUCAAUGGAGAAUUCCCGCUUACAAUCUCAUCUGAGCUCCUUGUUCUGUGUACAGGCUCGUCGCCAGCCACGGUGCCGUUGCCCGUGAAGUUAGAAGAGAUCAGCCUAGACACGGCACUCAAUCCGCCACUUCUCUCCCGCAUGGUCCCUUCCGGCAAAUUUUCGACUGUAGGCGUUAUUGGCUCCUCCCACAGUGCCAUCCUCGUUCUCCGCAAUCUUUGCAACCUCGCCAGCAGCACACAUCCUGAUCUACGCGUCAAAUGGUUCACUCGUCACCCUCUACGCUACGCUGAGGAGCGCGACGGGUGGAUCCUCCGCGACAACACAGGCCUGAAAGGAGAAGUUGCCUUCUGGGCCAAAGCCAACCUAGAAGACGACAUACUGCCCACGUCGGUCGUUGCGGAGUAUUUGCAAAAAGUGCCAACGACACUAGAGCAUGAAAACAUCAUUUACCAGACACACCUACCAGCCUGCACCCACGUUAUCCAGGCUAUUGGUUACCAUCGAAAUGAUAUCCCCGUACUCACGGUCAACGGCGUCACUAUAUUGGGCGUAUGUCAUAACGCUACGACGGGCGGCUUCACCGAUAGGCAUGGUGUCACUAUCAGAGGCCUCUAUGGAGCAGGUAUUGCAUGGCCGGAGAAAACGGUCGACCCAGAAGGAAAGAUCCAGUAUGCGGUGGGCUUAGCGAAGUUUAUGAAAUUCUUAACACGUGUAACACCGGCAUGGACUGGAUAG